AUGGAAAAAUUUGAUUUAAUAAUUAAAAGGAGCGAGUUUUUAAGAGAAGCCAGAAAAAUCGAGUCUUGGGACAACGUCAUUUUUGUUGACGAAACAUGGUUAAAUGCGAACCACACUGUGUCACGCUCUUGGACUGACGAAACAAAAGCAUCAACCUCAAAGGUUCCAAUUGGAAAAGGAUCGCGACUGAUAAUUUGUCACGCCGGUUCUGCUGAAAAUGGUUUCUUUGAAAAUGGACUGCUGGCUUUCGCGUCAAAAAGUACUUCCGAUUACCACGAGGAGAUGGAUACAGACACUUUUACGAAUUGGUUCGAAAAUCAAUUAUUACCCAGCCUGCCAGAGCCUUCUAUCAUAAUAAUGGACAACGCUUCAUAUCAUUCGAAACAAGUGAAUAAAGCGCCUACUCAGGCCGACAAGAAAGCUGAUCUCGUAGCAUGGCUACACCAAAAUGGAAUUGAAACUACUGCCGAAAUGCUAAAGUCUGACUUAGUAAAGUUGGUACGCGAAAAUAAAACAUCAAGAGUCCGUUAUGAAGUAGAUGAGAUAGCUCUAGCACAUGGACAUCGGGUACUUCGAAUUCCGCCUUAUCACUGCCAGUACAAUGCCAUUGAGCUAAUAUGGGCACAAAUCAAAGGUUACGCAGCUCGUAAUAAUACGACUCCGCCAUUCAGUACUAAUAAAAUGAUGGGCCUAUUAAAAGAUGCUUGCAGCAAAAUAACGAAAGAAGAUUGGGUCAAGGUCGUCGAAAAGACUCGAAAACUAAUAACAGAAGAUUAUGAACGCGAUAUAAGAGUGGACACCAUUAUAGAGAAUGAAAUUGUCAUACAAGUGACUGAUAGCGAUGACAGCUCUGGCGAAUCUGGUUCAGAGUCUGAAUAA